AUGAUUGGUGGUGGUAAGUUCAAGCCUGUGAUCAAGAAAGCAAUGGUGGAACUUGAAGGUGCUCCAUUUAAGAAAUUUGCAUCGCUGCGUGAGGAAUGGGCAUUGAAGAACAGAUACAUCAGCCCAGGUCCGAUCCAGUUCACGGGACCUGGCUCAGACUCUCUCAGCCACACCCUACUUCUCGAACUCGGAGCUCAAUAG